AUGGAUAUGUCUGGUGAAUCAGCAACACUUAUCGAUGGAGAUAGGCCUAUGUCUGACGUCGAAGAAACUACACCUUUGGCUGUAACUGAUUAUGAUGCUAUGGCAAACAAAAUUAUGCCCGAUCCUGGUUAUGAGAUAGAAGAUUUCCAGCACCACACAUGGCACAUCAAUAACUGGCGAAGUUUAGAGAAAAGGAUAACGGGCCCCGAAUUUGAAGCAGGAGGUUGGAAAUGGUAG